UGUGCCAGGCUGGUCGUCUGGCCAGGGACCUUCACCAAGGUCUCUUCUGGGUUCCUCUCAAGGCCCAGCACAGGCUAAGUAUUUGCAUAGUAGGCGCUCCAUCUUUUUCAUUGAUUAAAAAAGUAUAUGAAAAGUACCAGGAAAGAAGCAGUAAAAAUGUGAUCAAAAUGAAAAUUAACAAUGCUAGCCAAAAAUUAAUGCAGCAAUGCACUGACAGUUAUAAAACAAACUGUUUGGUUUUUAUGUAUGGUUGUUAGCAUAAGGUGGCUUAGAAACUCACUUCUCAUUAUUCUAACAAAAAGAGUAAUUGAGUUCAAAGAUUUUCAACUAGGCAAUUUUAUCCAACAGCAUUUGCAGUACAGAGCUUUUAAAGUUAAUAAGUAAUAAAGAAGGUUAAUAAUUAGCAAGCAAAUAUGCCUGUGGAGGCAAAUUUGUGACCUGAAACAUCGAUCCCACCAAACAGGUAAAUUAAAACAUGAAAAAAGUUUAAAGUGAAAAGUACAAGACUGGACCACUUAGCAAAUUUUCCAUUCCACAUAAAAAGUACUAUCUUCUAAGUCUAAUGGCAGGAUGUGUGUAGGAGCCUUUUGGGCACUGACAGAUGGCAGUAUGUGCUUAAUCUCCUUACAAACUGGGUGUCUGUAUAAAGUGAUACGAGCAGUCAGGGGUCUGCCCCUGCCUGGCCUCACCUCCAUUGGCUAAGAUCACCAGGCACCUUCAGCUUCAGGCCUCCUAGGUCCUCGUUAGACUCCCUAGCAGGGCUCAUUAAGGCCCAGCUCUCUGGUUGAUGGCUCUUGAGGAACCAGAUCUACAGAGGACAUGGGAAAGAAGCGACUAGCAAAGAAAAGAAAAUGCCCCACAGCAUCUCUGAAGGCAAGAAGACACCUCCCGGCUCCCCGCGGGCCAGGUGGGCGGGGAGCAGUGCCCUGCAGUGCGCGCCCCGGCUCCGCCGCGCCCCGCCGUCCCGCGAGGGCAGGCAGCAGAGCCGCGCGCGCGGGCCCACCUCUCCCUCCCGCGGCGGCUGCGCCCUCCUUCCCGCCCGCACGCUGCGCAGCCUCGAGCGGCGCCACGUGGCAGCCCCGCCUGCCGGCCCGGCCCGCGCCUCCUUCCCCUUCCGAGACCCGCUCGCCGCGGCUGCUGGGCCUGGCGGAGCUCCCGCCUGGCUCACCCUCGCCCGGCCCCGCCCCCGCCGGCCCGGCCCGCGAUCGCUAAGGGAACGGCCCCCGCUCCGGGCCGGCCUGGGAGGGGUCGUCGCGCCCGGCUUCCCCCCAGACCCCGGCUGCGCCGCCGUCCUUGCUGUGGAGAACGGCCCUGGCGGGCGGCCCCUCAAGUCCCAGCAGAAGCUGUUCUCACAGGGGCCGGGUCCCUGCGCGUUCUUCCGCCGAGAGAGGCGGCUGCAGGCCUGCAACCCGCAGAUCGUAGAAAACGCAGGGAUAGGAGAGUGCUGGGAAGACGCCGGCGCCAGGAGCCCCUUCUCCGCCUUCCGCUUGCAGGCCGUGCCUCACGGGCAGGGCCUUUCCCACACCGUGCUGUAACUCCCCCGUACUCUGUGCUCGACUGUAAACGCCUUGA